UAUGCCGAGUGUUCUUGAGUUCGCUUUGCACUCUGGGAGGUUUGUCCUCUUUAGAUGUCAUUGUACAUUCUACUAUUUGUAAAGUAAUAGAAAAUCAGUAUGACUGGAUCCACAGCGGAUGAAAAGCUCCGCUUUGAGCAGUUAACAAAGCUUCGGCGGCAAUGGCUUAAAGAUCAGGAACUCAGUCCUCGAGAGCCUGUCACUGCACCCAAAACACCCGGCCGCAUCGAGCGAUUCUGGGGUGGAUUUCUGGAGCCCAAGACACUCUGGAGACUUUACACAUUUAAAGCCUAUAAUGCCAGUGUUUUUGCCAUCACGCGGAUUCUGAUCCCGGCGUGGGUCGUGCAUUACUAUAUGAAGUACCAUGUCGAGAAAAAGCCAUAUGGAAUUGUUGAGCUAAAACCCAGACUGUUUCCUGGAGACACCAUUUUGGAAACAGGAGAAGUGGUCCCAAAUCUUCCUGAAGCAGAGAGUCACGGUCAUCAUUAAAGAUGCCAGUUUAUAUUCAGUAUAAACAUCCUGUCUGCACUGGUUGUAAAAUUAACAUGUUUGAGUGUAUACUAUGUCAAUAAAAUGUAUUAUACA